AUGCGACAUUUGCGUCAACUUUUGACGGAGAAUGUCGUCAUCAAACCUAUGUUACCAGUAGACACUAUUCUUAAAGUCAUUCAGUCAGAUGAUAUUCCAUCUGAUGUAUGGCUCGAUUGUCUACUAGCUGCAGCUCAAUCAGAUACGAAUAAUUCUAGUAAUGAAAAUGCUAUAUCAUUCGAUUUUUCACCAGUAAUUAUGCCAACAAUCGAUCUUGAUCUACAGCGAUCCAACUCGGCUUCAACUGCGCACCAAGUGCGAUCGAAAAACCGAAAUGAAAGUGUAAUUGAUCGCUCAUACCUUGAUGACAUGAAUCUCACUCAUCAGCUUCUUUCAUCUGUACCGUCAUCAAGAACACAAAAGACACCGAUCUCUUAUGCUGCAAAAGAAGAACCAUUGGAUGUCUAUCAAGUGAUUCUACGUGAAAAUCUUACUGAAUUAUCUCAAGUAAAAUGGGAUCGUUCAGCGAUUCUCUCACUCGAGAGUAAAUUCAUGAGUGCAGAAAUAAGUAAUAAUGUCUCAUCAUUAAAAACAGCCUUGCUUGUCAUCGAAACCAUUGUCACAAAUCGAAUCUCACUUCGGACACACAUCGAACGGGUUGUCAACACAAUUACUAUGCGUUCAGUCCGUGAAUGGAUGAAUGAAUUGAACAAAAUUGUUGACGAACAAGGCAAAGCAAAAUCAGUUUCUGUACUUUUGGAAGAGCUAGCCCGUGAAAAUCCAUCUUUAAAUAUAACCAAAUUGGAGCAACGAUAUCAAAAAGUGAUGCAUUAUUACGAGACACAAGCAUCUAAAUUGACAUCGGUAAAUAUUCGACAACAAUCUAUAUUUGAUGAUGAACUCAAAACGAUUGCCAUCAUUAUUCAAGCGGCACGUCUUCAUAAACAAUAUCGUCCAAGAGAUAUUCAAAUUUUAUCUCUCCUUCUUUUAAUCGAAAAUCCACGUCAAGGUCGGGGACGAUUGGCACAAAUACGUACCGGUGAAGGCAAAUCCAUCAUUGUUUCGAUGUUGGCUGUCUAUCUUUCACUUCCUCCAUUGAGCAAACGCGUCGAUAUAAUCACAACCUCUGAAAUUCUCGCUCAACGUGAUGCCGAUGAAUUUGCACCUCUCUAUCAAAUGUUUCAUCUUUCUGUUGGACACAAUUGCUCUGAUCCAUCUACAAAGCCGAAUUACAAUGUUCAUAUUGUCUAUGGAACAGUCUCUCAUUUUGCUGGUGAUCUUCUACGUACAGAUUUUUAUUUGCAAACAGAAAUACGUGGUAAUCGACCUUAUGAAGCAGCUAUUGUUGAUGAAGUCGACAGUAUGUUCAUUGAUCAACGUCAACAUUAUACACAAUUAGCAUCGUUAACACCCGGUUACAAAUCGUUGAACGUUAUCUUGAGAUUUAUUUAUUCAUUCUUUCAAAAAUUUAAUAUUACUGAAGAUAACGAAUUUGUCAUUCGACAAACUAAUGGAUAUUAUAAAGGUGAGAAGAUUUUUUCUUGUUCAGCGCAAAAAGUUGAAUUUAGAAUUAUUUUACUUUUAGUCGAUGUUGUUCAAUUUAUUCGUAGAAAAAUGGCUGAGAAAGAGCUUGUUCGUUUUUCGGCUUACCGUCAAGAAUACAUCGAUGCUAAAUUACCUAAAUGGAUAAGAAGUGCAAGACAAGCACUCUAUGGCCUAACAGUUAAUGUUGAUUAUGUCAUUAGUAAAGAUGGACGAAUUGUCGUCGUAGAUUAUGCAAAUACAGGUGUAUCUCAGAUGAAUAUGCAUUGGAGCGAUGGUAUGCAUCAAUUUCUUGAGUUGAAACACAAUUUACGUAUGACACCCGAACGUAUGUGUGAUUCAUUUUUUUCUAAUGUUACUCUUUUCAAACGAUAUCAACCUCAUCUAUAUGGAGUAACGGGAACAUUGGGUGGCAAAGAUGCAAGAAAUUUUAUUCGAUCUGUCUAUGACAUCGAUGCUUUCGAUGUGCCCAAAUAUAUUGACAGUGUUUUUGAUACCUAUCCAAAUUGUUUCUCGAUAGGUCAGUUCAGUCGAAGUCGUGAAAAAUGGUUGGAAAAUAUUCGAAUCGAAUGUCGUACGAUAGCCAUUACUAAUCGUCGAGCUGUUUUAAUUAUUUGUGAAACCAUACGUGAGGCUGAAGACAUUCAAUUGGCAUUACGUUCUCAACAUCCUCGCUUGAAAUCCUAUCUUCGAAGUGAUCUAGCUGAACAUAUUAAACCGGAAGAAGUCUUUCCUAAUGAUGUGAUUGUCGCCACAAAUCUAGCUGGACGAGGAACUGAUUUGAAAACGAUGACAGUCGUUAAUGAUCAAGGGGGUCUACAUGUUAUUGUGACAUUUAUGCCGAGAAACUCACGUAUUGAACAGCAAGCAUUCGGACGAGCAGGGCGACAAGGCCAACCGGGUUCGGCUCGAUUAAUCGUUUUCGAUGAAUGUCUCGGUCUGAAAUUGGAAGGAAAAGUUGAUGAACCUAUAAUAAUCAAUAGUUGGAAAAUUGCACGAGAUGAAUGUGAAGAACGUGACAUGGCUGAAGCUGUAAAAGAAGUUGAGCGAAUCGAGACCAAAGAUCGACUUCUUGUUCGGUUUCUCGACCUAGCUCAUUCACAAAAGAAUAAGCUUCCAUUUGCUAAUGACAUGUUCAAGCCAGGUUUUAGUUCACUUCGUGAAUUGUGGGCUUCAUUUUGUGAUCUAGACGAAACUACAGCUGAACAACGUUAUCCACACUUUGAGAGCAAUAUUCGACAACAAAUUAAUGAAUCAAUUGCCAUUUUAGAAAGCUAUUCUUCCGAAGGUGCAAAAGAUUUAAUCAAUAUUCAAUUUCAAGCAGUGAGUCAUCUAAUUGUCCAUCCAAAAUAUUUCAUCUAUGCUGGUUUUCAUGCCUUGUGUACGGAUGGUUUGAAUGAUAAAAAAGGGCAAGCAUUGAAAUUAUACAAAUGUGCAUUACAAAUUGAUUCACAAGACUUCAUUGCGCAUUAUAAUACAGUACCGUGUCAUAUUGAAAAUAAGCAAAUAUCGAUCAAACAAGCUAUACAAGCAUUAGAUGAAGCGAUUCGAUUGCUGAAUAUAGAAAUUGAAAUACGCAAGAUGUUAGAAAUUUUUCAUGAUCCACCGACGCCAGAUGAUGGUGAAACAAAAACGAAUGGACCUAUCGAUCAAACGAGUCUCGCCGAACUAGUCUAUCUUCAAAUCGUUCAUUCAACCUUUGAGGAUAGCCGUAAACAAUUGCGUGAAUUCGACGAAGAAAAACAUGAUAUAUCUUGUGAGUUUAAACAUUGGCCAGAAACAUUAGAUUGUUUAAAAGGUACAAAGUUUGAACCACUGACAAACGAUAUUAAUGCUGAACGAGAAGAAUGGCUUGGAGAAGGAUUGAUGUGGCGUUACGUAUUUGUCAUUCAAGUAAAACGAUGUUGGUGGAAGACUGUAUUCGUGUUUGUCAUGGGAGUAGCGCAAAUUGUUGGUGGAGCCUACUUGUGUCUGAAAGGUCAAUUCAGAUUAGGUACAUCGUUGAUUAUUGAUGGAGCUCUUGAUGUCUAUAAAGCUGUCGCAACAAGAAUCACAGCCGAUUUCGAUCUAACCGGUUACUUCGAAGCUAAAGUAAUCAAAUAUGGCAAACUAUUAUUAGGCACAGGCGGACCUCUUUCUGGAGUUCUUGAACCGAUUAUUUCAUUAGAAAAAAUCAAAAUGGUCGGUGUCGCUAUCGAUGCAGUUCGUCAAAUUGAUAAAAAUGGAUUCACUAUGGAAAAUCUAACACAACUCGCUCUCAGUGGAAUGACACUUGCAGGUGUAGAUCAGAAAGCAAUUGAUUUUGUUAAAAAACUUCCGGAACGAAUAAAAGAUGCCGAAGCUUUGCUCAGCGGUGAUAUAAAUAAAAUGUUGGAACGAGGCGCAUCGGCCGGUCUUCCUGUGAAAACUAUUCAACAGAUUGUUAAAAAUGGGUUUUCGAUAGAAACUGCUACUCAACUCGCUGUCGAUGGCAUGGCUAUUGCAGGCGUUGAUCAGAAAGCUAUUAAUGUAGUUAAGCAACUACCGGAACGAAUCAAAGAUGCACAAGCAUUGGUUAGUGGCGAUAUAAACAAAAUAUUAGAACGAGGCAUGUUGGCCGGUCUUCCUGUAAAAACUAUUCAACAGAUUGCUAAAAAUGGAUUUUCUGUAGAAACUGUUGCACAACUUGCUGUUGAUGGCAUGGCUUUUCAAGGUGUCGAUCAGAAGACAAUCGAUUUAGUUAAACAACUUCCGGAGCGAAUGAAAGAUGCAGAAGCUUUGCUCAGUGGUGAUAUAAAUAAAAUAUUGGAACGAGGCAAGUUGGCCGGUCUUCCUGUCAAUGCUAUUCAACAGAUUGCUAAAAAUGGAUUUUCAGUGGACACUGCUGCACAACUCGCUGUUGAUGGUAUGGCUAUAGCAGGUGUUGAUCAAAAUGCAAUUGAUUUCGUUAAAAAACUGCCAGAACGAAUUCAAGAUGUACUAGCAAUGGCAAAUGGCGAUAUAACGAAAAUGUUGAAAUAUGCCGAGACGGCUGGUCUUCCUGUUCAUGCUAUUAGACAGAUUGCUACAAAUGGAUUUUCAGCGGAAACUGUUACACAACUUGCCCUGGAGGGUAUGACUUUGGCAGGUGUCGAUCCGACCAAAGUUAAUUUUGUUAAAAAACUGCCAGAACAAAUCAAAGAUGCACAAGCAUUGCUUAGUGGAAACAUAGAUGAAAUAUCUAAACGAGGCAUGUUGGCUGGCAUUCCUGUAAAUACAGUUCGUCAAAUUUAUAGACGGGGAAUUUCUCUGGAAACUGCUACUCAACUCACUAUCGAUGGAAUUAAUAUUACAGGUAUGGAUCCGAAAGCAAUUGAUUUUGUUAAACAACUGCCCGAACGAAUGAAAGAUGCAAAAGCAUUGCUCAGCGGUGAUAUAAAUGCAAUGUUAGAACGCGGCAUGUCGGCUGGCCUUCCUCUUAAUGCUGUUCAUCAAAUUGCUAAAAGAGGCUUUUCUGCAGAAACCGCUACACAACUCGCUCUUGAAGGUAUGUCUUUGGUAGGUGUCGAUCCGAACAGAAUUGAUUUCGUGAAAAAACUACCAGAACAAAUCAAAGAUGCACAAGCAUUGAUCACCGGCGACAUUGAUGCAAUAUUAAAACGAGACACGUUUGCUGGCAUUCCUAUCAAUGCCAUUCGUCAAAUAGCUACACAAGAAAAUUCUGUGAAAGCUAUCAAGCACAUUGCAUUCGAUGGCAUGGCUAUCGCAGGCGUUGAUAAGAAUACAUUAAAUUUUGUGAAAAAACUGCCUGAAGGAAUCAAAGACAUAGAAACAUUAUUCAACGGUGAUUUAGAAAAAAUGUUAAGACAAAAUAUGUCAGGUAGUAUCGAUCAACUGUUGGGAAUGUUUACUGAGCAAUCAUUGUUCAGCGGCAAAGAAAAAGAGAUGUUCCAAAUUAUUCGUCGUCGAAUACCUAUGAUACAAGAUGUGGUCAACGGCGACGGUAAAGCCGUUCUCUCAAAUGCUCUUCAAACUUUCGGUCAACAAAUCAAUAAUUUACCGUUAACCGAUUUCUUUGAUAUUGCUCUACCAACUGCUAUUCAACGUGUCGCUAAUCGUGAGCAAGAAGCUAUUCGUGAUGUUUUCAAAUCAACUGUAGAUCAACUCAAAUCGAUCAGUGGAGACUUCAACGAACAAACGUGUCAAGUGAUUAACCAGAUUUUGCAAUCGUCUGACAAGUGGGAUACUUUCGAAAAGACGAAAAAUCAAUUGGAUAAUAAUGUUCGUCGAUUACUAGGCCCAGCUAUUGAACGUGAGAAAGAAUUUAUGAAUGCUUAUAAUAGCUUGACUAGCAAUCCUCAAGCAAUUCACAGCUAUCGUCAAGCUCUCAGUAUGAAGUUUGGCAUGACUCGAGGGCGAGGAGUUGAUUUGCAAAAAUUAAUUGAAAGGAAUGCGGAUUCUGGAGGUUUCUUAUUGAAACGAGCGGUGAGUGAAUUUUUUAAUGAAGUAAGUUGUCAAGAAAGUGGAACAAAAAGUCCAGAAGUGAUGAAACUACUCAAAGAACAUUUCAACGAAAGUUUCAUACGGCCCAUUGCAGAGAAGACAUGUGAACGACAAAUGGAUCAAAAUGAUACCGAACUUGUUAACAAUUUUACCAAUGCAAUCACCUAUGUGCAGAAACAACGGCAACAAACUCAACAUUAA